AGGUUGUUUGGGGGAGGAGCAGGGGAAGGGCUGGGGGCUCGGCUCCCUUCCUGGCUCCACCCUUCCCAGGAUUAUAAAUUGGUGACUGGUGUGCACUUUUAACCGCAAGAGUGAGUGUGAGGCUGAGAUGUAGAGCAAUCCUGAGGACCUGAAGAGAGACUUGCUGCCAGAGAAGGACAUUUUUAAGGUUUUGUUGGCUGAAAAAGGUGUCUCUGGAAUCCCCCUCCAGAUCUUUCUUGAAGAUUCGAAAAGAAUUAAAUUAGGGCCAUGGGGACACAUAAGGUCACCGCACCUCUGAUCUUUGCCAUCACCAUUGCUACAAUAGGCUCUUUCCAGUUUGGCUACAACACUGGAGUCAUCAAUGCCCCUGAGGUGAUCAUAAGGGACUUUAUCAAUUACACUUUGGAAGAGCAUUUAGAAAACGUUCCCAGUGACGUGCUGCUGACGUCCCUCUGGUCCUUGUCUGUGGCUAUCUUCUCCGUGGGUGGUAUGAUUGGAUCCUUUUCCGUUGGACUCUUUGUCAACCGCUUUGGCAGGCGCAAUUCAAUGCUUAUUGUCAAUCUGUUGGCUAUCACUGGUGGCUGCCUUAUGGGAUUCUGCAAAAUAGCAGAGUCAGUUGCAAUGUUGAUCCUGGGCCGGUUGAUCAUUGGCCUCUUCUGCGGACUCUGCACAGGAUUUGUGCCCAUGUACAUUGGAGAGAUAUCUCCUACUGCCCUGCGGGGAGCCUUUGGCACUCUGAACCAGCUGGGCAUCGUUAUCGGGAUUCUGGUAGCCCAGGUCUUUGGUCUGAAUAUCAUCUUGGGAACGGAAGACCUUUGGCCCGUGCUAUUGGGCUUCACCAUCCUUCCAUCCUUCCUACAAAUCAUAGCCCUUCCAUUUUGCCCAGAAAGUCCAAGAUUCUUGCUGAUUAACAGAAAGGAAGAAGACAGUGCUAGAAAGAUCCUCCAGCGGCUGUGGGGCACCCAAGACGUGGCUCAGGACAUCCAGGAGAUGAAAGAUGAGAGUGUUAGGAUGUCACAAGAAAAACAAGCCACUGUGCUGGAGCUCUUCAGAUCGCCGAACUACCAACAGCCCAUCAUGAUUUCCAUCAUGCUCCAACUCUCUCAGCAACUUUCUGGAAUCAAUGCUGUGUUCUAUUACUCAACAGGAAUCUUCAAAGAUGCUGGUGUUAAGGAGCCAAUCUAUGCCACCAUUGGUGCCGGUGUGGUUAAUACCAUCUUCACUAUAGUGUCUCUGUUUCUAGUGGAAAGGGCAGGAAGGAGGACUCUACAUAUGAUUGGCCUUGGAGGAAUGGCUUGUUGUUCCAUCCUCAUGACUAUUUCCCUGUUAUUAAAGGAUGAUUAUAGCUGGAUGAGCUUUCUUUGCAUUGGGGCGAUCUUGGUGUUUGUGGCCUUCUUUGAAAUUGGCCCAGGCCCUAUUCCCUGGUUUAUUGUGGCCGAACUCUUCAGCCAGGGACCCCGCCCAGCUGCAAUGGCAGUGGCUGGCUGCUCCAACUGGACCUCCAACUUUUUGGUUGGACUACUCUUCCCUUCAGCUGCAAAAUAUUUAGGACCCUACGUGUUUAUUGUCUUCACCGGCUUCCUCGUGAUCUUCUUGGUCUUCACCUACUUUAAAGUCCCUGAGACCCGCGGCAGGACUUUUGAGGACAUUACACGAGGCUUUGAAGGGCAGGCACACAUGGCUAACAGAGCCGAGAAAGCCGCCAUGGAGAUGAACAGCAUGCAGCCUGAUAAGGAUACCACCAACGUCUAAGCCGUGCUUCCUUCCCACCUCCCUCCCAACAUGAAAAGUAACCUCUCCCUGAAUGGGGAGAGAUCUCAUCAGGUUGUAACCCAGGACUGUUUCUGAAUGCUGCUACUUGAUUCUUUUCUCAUCCCCACACUCCAUGAGCACUCACAGGACCCCAGUGCUGGGGUUAGUUGUAUCUUCAGUGGCUUUUUAAACAUUUCAUUUCUUGGACAUUCUCUUCUGUUUGGAAGAGACCAAGUGAACCUACCUUCAUUUCAGGAGGGAUUGGCUACUUGGCAUUUGACAACUUUGCCAGCUCUUCCUCCUUUAAGUUCUAAUAUUGCCUCAUGAGGGCAUGUAGGGGAGAAAGAGUUCCCCAACCUCAGACUCACCAGGAAACAGAUAGACAUGAGAGUGUGGAGGGCAGAGAGGAAUUACAUAAGAGCAUCUUCCUCACUUCCAUACCGCUCUGCAGAGCAAAUUAAUUUGAGUUUUAUUUAUUUUAUCUUCUGGUUUUAUUGCAUAAGUAUUUAUUUUUUUAAGUGUAAUUUUACCAAAUAAUGAAAACAUAAGGAAAUUGAGGUUAGAGGGAAGUACUUACAGAGUUUAUAGGGUGGAAGAUUUGAUACUGAAGAGGUUUAUAGUUUAAUAAGGGAAGAUUUACACAGAAAUGUAAUGCGUUAUUGGAAGGUAUAUGAUGAGGUAUGUGAGGUUUGCAGAUUGCCUUUUAACAAUUUCUGUCCUUCAGAUGGAAAUUCUCAAGUUCAAUUUGUCAGAAAAGUCAUGUGCCUGUGUAAAGAAGCUACUGGUUUCCUUUGGAACGUUUUCUUUGUUUAAGAUUAUAUGUAGUAUUACUUGAAAUCUAGGAUUAUUACUAAGGUGGGCAUUGUAGUUAAUGGUGGUUGAUGGGUUCUGAUUUUGGAUGGAGUCCAGAGAAGGGAAGGUUGUUUGUUCAAAUCAAUCGUCUUCCUCUUAUAGUGGACUCACUUUAUUUUUAUUAUUUUUUUAAGUUUUCCUACCAUUCAUCUGGUGGGAGAGCAACCUAAAAUAUUGGUUCUUGAUAAAGGUUUGGUUUUUCUGCAUUUUGUUCUUUAGGAAAUUUUAGAUAUUUAGAUUUUUUUAAAUUUAGUUUUAAGCCAUAGCUUUAAAAGAAUUCAGAGGAGAGUGUUCAUAGCUAACUUGGAAUUUGUAACCUCAGCAUUGGGAGAGGAUUUUUCCUGAAUGACUGUUACCUAGUUGAAGUAUGUUACUGCUUUAGGGUCAGCCCAUGCCUGUUUUGGUCUGUUUCCAUGUCAACUUACUCUUGUUAUCAUGUUACCAUAGUAUUAUAUCAAGUGCCCGAAGGGCACUUGAAUCUUUCCCAUAGACCAUGUUGGAGAUGGUAUGAGUAAAUGUGCAGUGUAGCCCACACUUGAGAGAGUAUGAAUGUAUGUGCACUGUCACUUUGCUCUGGGUGCAAGUCGUUUAUUGGUAACUUGUUUCCUCUGUGUUCCUACAGCCCCCUUUUGGAUGGAAUGUGUUAACGUUUAUUCCUGGGUAUAUAAGUAGCACUGCCUCUGCUGGGUGGGAUUUGCAUCUGUGGCUUUCUUCCUAACAUGUAGAGAACUCUGCCUCACUCUAGACUCAGACAAUGGGAGCAGGAGAGUGUGAAAUCAGGACAUGUGGCCUCCUAGGGGAGCUUGAAGGAAGUCAUGGUGGGGAGGAGACAUUCUUUUCAAGGGGAUGAGAAAUACACUAAGACUUGUAAAUCUGGAAGGUUUCAAAGAGUUAGAUGAGAUGAAGGUAUUUACACUUGCCAUAGGUCACAGACACCUCCACUGUCUAGUUCCCUGUGUUUUUAUAAAUGGUGACACCCUCUUUUCCCUUUUUCAUGUUGCUUGACCUCCCAUCCCCUCCUUGGUGCUUAUACAUUUGAGGCCCUUCAGCCAAAUCCUUGCCUACGACAAUAUUUUAGUUCUCAGUUCUUACCAUCCCCUCUGGUCGUUGAGCCUUUGGAUAAAAACUCCGAGCUAUGACGUGGGACUUUGCUGGGACAGGUGGCUUUCCUCCAACUGCACCUCCACUUCUGGCUCCUCAAAACCGUGGGUGGGCAGUAUGAAGUUUCCCCAUUUCUCAGUGACCAGAUUGUGAAUAUUUCCAAAUACGUUUUAUAUUAUUAAUGUUACUGUGGUUCUUCGUUUUGAAAUAAAAAUUCUGAAUGUA